GCAGCCGCCCCGCUUCUGCUCCAGCCCGUGCCAAGCCGGAGGCGGUCUGUCCCUGCGGGCGCUGCCCCUGGGGGCAGCUGCAAGCCAGGGCGCUUGGGGUCUGUUCUCAAGCUCCCCGGGGUGCUGCUCCAAACCCACCUGGGCACAGGCUGGCAGUGGGAGGGCAGGGGAGAUGCCAGGGCUGUUUAACCAUUAAACCUAGGGCGUCUUGGAGGAGGCGGGGACACCGGCUCCUCUGCCACUUCAUCCUGUACCUUGCUCCCUCUGCAUUCCCUGCAGCCAUGAAGCAAAUGAAAGGGCUCGAGGGCGACACGAAGUCCAUCCUAAAAUUUGAAUUUAACCCCAAAGAUGGGAUUGACAACCCUGCCUUGUCACUGGCUGAGGACAUGGAGGGCGAGGGCCGGGGGGAGCCCCGCUUCUACCUGCUGAGCAAGGGCAGCACCGAGGCCUUCGGCUUCUGCCUGCACGAGGAGCUGGGCUGCCGGGGGCACGUCAUCCGGCACGUCGAGCUGGGGGGGCUGGCGCAGCGCAGGGGGCUGCAGGACGGGGACCGGCUCCUCCAGGUGAACGGCCGCUUCGUGGACCACAUGGAGCACGGCAGGGUGGUUCAGAAGAUCAAGGCCAGCGGGAACCAGGUCCUCCUGGCAGUGCUGGACGGCGGCUCCUACGAAGCAGCCAAAGCCCUGGGCAGGGACCUGUCCCAGCUGCUGCCGGGUGACAUCCGCCCGCGGCUUUGCCACAUCGCCAGGGACAAAAGCGGUUUCGGCUUCAGCAUCUCGGGGCCAGAGGGCGCGAGGGGCACGUUCCAGCUGUCCGUGCGGCGCGACGGGCCGGCCGAGCGCGCGGGGCUGCCCUCCGGCUCCUGGCUCCUGGAGCUGAACGGGGCCAGCGUGAGGAGCUACUCGCACACGCAGCUCGCCAGGAAGCUCAAGCGAAGCGGCAGCAAGAUGACGCUGCUGGUGGCCUCCAGCGCGGCGGAGGAGUUUUACCGCCUGCGGGGCCUGCGGGUCACGGCCGCCUUGGCGGACGCCUCCUGGCUCCCCUUCAAGGUCCGGAAGCUGCACUUGGUGAAGGGGCCGGAGGGCUACGGGUUUCUGCUCAAGGAAGAAAAGCGCAGCUCAGGGGCCACAGGCCAGUUCCUGUGGGAGGUGGACGCCGGGCUGCCGGCCGAGCGGGCAGGGAUGCAGGAAGGGGACUGUCUGCUGGCAGUGAACGGUGAGAGCAUCGAGGGGCUGGACCACGAGCAGACGGUGCUCAGGAUCCGCGCCCACGCCGACCGGGUGACGCUGCUGGUCAUCGACCCCGCCGGUGACGACUUCUACCAGUCAAUCGGGCUGUCCCCGCUGCAGUUCUUUGAGGACAGCGACGCUGCCUCGGGCUCCUGCAAUCCCUCCCUGCACUAUCCCAACGGCUCUCCUGGACUCUGUCACCUUGAUGUGGGACCAGAGGGACGGAGCUCCCGGCUCGCAGGGAUCACACAGGUAACCCCGCUCGCCCGGCCCCAGCCGCCCGCCCCGGCUGGCAGCACUGCUCACACCCCAGCCACUGCCCCGGGGCGCAGCCUCCCUCUGCCCCGGCCCGUCCCCGUCCCCGUGCCAAGGUCACCCUGUGGGGCUGGCCUGUCCCCUGGCCAUGGGGGCCGGGUGGCAGCGGGCGGACGGCAGAGCCGGGCUGCCUGCGUGUCCCUGCUCUGUCCCCACAGAGCCAGCGCCCGGAGGAGCGGAGGAGGCUGCACCAGGCGUUUUAGCGGCCCCGGCUGAGCCCGGCUCCGGGGAGGUUUCCCCGCACAGCAGCUCGACGCAGGCCAGGUCUGGCCCGUCGGUGCCCAGCCCAGCUCCCCAGGGAGCCCAGCACUGCUCCGCGUGGCCCUUGCGCACGCAGCCGCCGCGUCCCCAUGUCCCACGCCUGGGAGGGGGCUCGCAGCCUCACGCCGCCCCGAGAUUUGUCUCCACUGUCCACAGCUGGACCCAAGCUUUUAUUUACCACCACAGUGGCUUCUUGCAAUCGAAGACUGACCUGUGCCUUUGCCUGUCCAGCUGCCUCCAGGGGUAUUUAGGGAUGCUACACUGAAGCCCUCAGGCCCCAUCCAGCUCCAGGCUCUGUCGAGCCCCUAGGAGAGCUGAGGCACUGCUGCAUGGCCCAGGCGGCUGGGCAGCCUGGGGCUCAGCCCAGCCCUGGGGCUGGCCCCAGGGCCAGAGUGCAAAGGGGCAAGUGAGCAGCAGAGGCCACAGGGCCCUAGAGGAAGCCCCCAGGCCUAGCAUGGGCCCCCAGUGCUCAGCCUCUUGGCUCAGGUCUGCCCCUCCAUGAGCCUCUGCUCUCCCUUGCGCUCCUCACCCCAUCCUCCCUGCAACCCCAGGGGUGGUGGGUGCCUGCCCCCACCACAGCCCUGUUCCUGUGUCAUCCCUUUGGGGUAUGAUUAAAAGACAAAUCCUCACUGCU